AUGGCUACUUUCAGUAAUUUGUAUGAUAAAAGCGGCUCGAAUUUCGCUUGUUGCGGAGGCUGUACCUUGUCUCAAUACGAGGACGCUUACAAUGGAGAAUUUACGACGGGAUCGCUCGUUCCAUCAGCUGAUAACGACCAGCAGCCGGCGUGUUUGGUGACAUUCCCGUAUGAUCCUGCACUGAAAGAACAAGUUGGUGAACGACGUAUAGGUCCGUCCUGGGGGAUGGCUGUGCCUACUGCGUCUGCUGCUGCCGCUACUAGCUCGCCUUCCGCCGCUCCCUCACCUCGCUCGCCGCCGCCGCCUGCUCCUGCUGCAGUUCCAGCUGCCAUGGUCAAUGCUCCUGCUGGUGCUGUAACCCCGCUGUCACCCGUACGGUCGUCUAUUGCUCCCUCGUCGCCUGUACGGGCUCCUGUUGUUUCCUCGUCGCCUGUAUGGGCUCCUGUUGCCCUCUUGUCGCCUGUACGGGCUCCUGUUGCUCCAUUCCCAAGCGACGCGGCUGCCGAAGCUCCUGGCUCAAGUCUUGUGCCUCCCCGUUCGUCUACGUCUCCUGUUGGCUCCUCUUCGGCUACGCCUCACGACGCCUCUGCGUCGUUGCCGCCCACCGUGCUCCAGCAACUCAUCUACGAGGUCACGUUUGAAGGGUUGUGUGGAGAUGACGUUGGUGGUUAUGCUGCGGCCGAUGAUGCUAGUGAUGAUAGCGUUGCAGCUGAGGAUGUUCCUCUUCAAGAGGUUGGAUUGUUUAGCGACGGAGAUGAGGAGGACACCCAACGGACGAAGCGCGCUCGGCUUCGUCGUGGCGAUGAGACGUCGGACCGGCAUCCCUUUUUGCUUCCCAAAGCUCCGGAGAGACAUCCAACCACGAACCAUCGCAACCACUAUAAUCCGGAUGCUCCUUGGGAUUAUGCGAUCUCGGCUGGAAUUACACGCUUGCUUGAUGUCGAAGGGGAAUCACCGCACCGCUGCUAUCUUGUUCAGUGGAAAGGUCGUCCGAUGCAGAUGGCGAUGCGAUAA